UCCCGGCCGCCCCCGCCGCAGCCUGGGAAGCAGGCCGGGGCGCCGCCGCCCUAGACCCGGAGCCUGCGCCCCAACAUCGAGGGCCUGAACCCAAGACUGGAUCCAGAGAUCGGGAAACCCAGGCCUGGGACCCUGAUCUGGGGCCAGCCCCCUGAGAUCUGGCUGUGGGACCCCAAGAUCUGGGGCCCUAACUCCAAUAUCUGGGGCUGGAAUCCCAACAUCUGGUCCCUGGGACCCCAAGAUUUGGGACCUGAACCCCAAUAUUUGGAGCCUAAACCUCGAGAUUUGGCAUCUAAAACCCCAGGUCUGGAACUGAGCUCUGAAUUCUGUGCCUGGGACCUUGAAAUGUGGGCCUGGAUUCCCAUGUCUAUAUCCUGGAACCCCACUAUUUGGGAACUGAACCCUGAGAUUUAGGCCUCAAAUUCCAGGAUCUGACCCAUGGAGUCCCAAGGGGUUUGGACCUGAAUUUGGGCCUGAAGUCUUUGCUGCAGACCUGAAUGUUGGGGUUAGAGACAUCAGCACCCCAAUAACUGAACCCAGAACCUCAAUAUCGGAUCGCAGGACUAUGGGUUUGAGACUCAGACCCUAAACUUCCCACCUGGCUGUUUACCCUCCAAGACUGGAGCUGGGAGGAUCUGACCCUGAACAACCCAGUCUUGGGCCUGGGGUCUCUCAAACUGGACCCUAGAGCCCAGUAUUUGGGAGUCUGGGACCCCCUCCGUGGCUGCAGAUCUGAGCUGAGACAGAGUGGGCAAUCCUCCAUGGAGGUCUUGGGAACAGGGAAGUCAUGACCAGACCUCACCUCCAGUGCCCGGACUUCUGACCCCUUUAGAGGCUGAGGACUCUGCUUCCUGGGACGGCUGCCAGCUCAGGCCACCCCCACCCGCAAUGGCCGUCCUCCCGCUGCUCCUUUGCCUGCUGCCACUAGCCCCUGCCUCAUCUCCACCCCAGCCAGCCACAGCCAGCCCAUGUCCCCGCCGCUGCCGCUGCCAGACACAGUCACUGCCCCUCAGCGUGCUGUGCCCAGGGGCUGGCCUCCUCUUCGUGCCACCCUCGCUGGACCGCCGGGCAGCUGAGCUGCGCCUGGCUGACAACUUCAUCGCUGCCGUGCGCCGCCGUGACCUGGCCAAUAUGACGGGACUGCUGCACCUGAGCCUGUCACGCAAUACCAUCCGCCACGUGGCGGCCGGCGCCUUCGCUGAUCUUCGCGCCCUGCGAGCCUUGCACCUCGAUGGCAACCGGCUGACCUCGCUGGGCGAGGGUCAGCUGCGCGGCCUGGUCAACCUGCGCCACCUCAUCCUGAGCAACAACCAGCUGGCAGCCCUGGCCGCCGGCGCCCUGGACGACUGCGCCGAGACGCUUGAGGACCUGGACCUCUCCUACAACAACCUGGAGCAGCUGCCCUGGGAGGCUUUGGGCCGCCUGGGCAACGUCAACACGUUGGGCCUUGAUCAUAACCUGCUGGCCUCCGUACCCGCCGGCGCCUUCUCCCGGCUGCACAAGCUGGCGCGGCUGGACAUGACCUCCAACCGCCUGACCACCAUCCCGCCCGACCCGCUCUUCUCCCGCCUGCCGCUGCUGGCCCGGCCCCGCGGCUCACCUGCAUCCGCCCUGGUGCUGGCCUUCGGCGGGAACCCUCUGCACUGCAACUGUGAGCUGGUGUGGCUGCGGCGGCUGGCACGGGAGGAUGACCUGGAGGCCUGUGCCUCCCCACCAGCUCUGGGUGGCCGCUACUUCUGGGCCGUGGGCGAGGAGGAGUUUGUGUGCGAGCCGCCCGUGGUGACUCACCGCUCGCCACCCCUAGCAGUGCCUGCGGGUCGGCCAGCCGCCCUGCGCUGCCGGGCGGUGGGGGACCCUGAGCCCAGGGUGCGUUGGGUGUCACCCCAGGGCCGGCUGCUGGGCAACUCAAGCCGUGCCCGCGCCUUCCCUAACGGCACGCUGGAGCUGCUGGUCACCGAGCCGAGUGAUGGCGGCAUCUUCACCUGCAUUGCGGCCAAUGCAGCUGGCGAGGCCACAGCGGCCGUGGAGCUGACCGUGGGUCCCCCUCCACCCCCACAACUGGCCAACAGCACCAGCUGUGACCCCCCGCGGGACGGGGAUCCUGAUGCCCUCACCCCACCCUCUGCCGCCUCCGCCUCCGCCUCUGCCUCUGCCAAGGCAGCUGACACAGGCACCCCCACCGACCAUGGCGUCCAGGUGACUGAGCACGGGGCCACAGCUGCCCUUGUCCAGUGGCCAGACCAGCGACCUAUCCCGGGCAUCCGCAUGUAUCAGAUCCAGUAUAACAGCUCAGCGGAUGACAUCCUCGUCUACAGGAUGAUCCCGGCGGACAGCCGCUCGUUCCUGUUGACGGACCUGGCGUCAGGCCGUACCUACGAUCUGUGCGUCCUAGCGGUUUAUGAGGACAGCGCCACAGGGCUGACGGCCACACGGCCAGUGGGUUGCACCCACUUCUCCACGGAGCCCGCACUGCAGCCAUGCGGAGCCCCUCACGCACCCUUCCUGGGUGGCACUAUGAUCAUCGCGCUGGGUGGUGUCAUCGUGGCCUCGGUGCUGGUCUUCAUUUUCGUGCUGCUCAUGCGUUACAAGGUGCACGGAGGCCAACCCCCCGGCAAGGCCAAGGUAUCCACACCGGUCAGCAGCGUUUGCUCCCAGACCAACGGCGCCCUGGGCCCCACACCAACCCCUCCAGCCUCCGAGUCCUCUGGGCCCAGGGCUCACACCGUGGUCCAGCUGGACUGCGAGCCUUGGGGACCCGGCCACGAACCUGUGGGGCCCUAGCCACACACCCACCUCCACGGCCCGUCUGGCCCCAAGAGCACCAGGACCCCGGCCUGCCACGGGGCCUGGCCACAGACUCACCAAAUUGCUCAUGGUUUUUAAAACUCUGAUGGGGAUGGUGUCGGGGAUACUGGGACACAACAAGAAAGUCCUAUUUUUCUAA